UUCCGUCGUUACAUUAAAACUUCGCAAUUGGUUAUUCUAACUUCGUAUUUUCUUGAUUUAGUGUGGUGUAUGAUAAGCAAAGGAAUAAGAUAAGCAUACUGAAAUGUCAUUCACUUCGAUAUUUGUAGCAUUCGUCUGUAUAUUAGAUUUAAUUGUAUAUGCGGUUGACGAUAAUCGCCCUUUAGAUUGUGGUGACAUUGAUAUCAAACGUGGAAGUGGGGUGUAUAAGAUAUACCCUGAAGGAUCAGGACAUGAUGGUUUUAAUGUUUACUGUGAUAUGGAUUCGGAAAAUGUGGACGGAGGUUGGACAGUGUUCCAACGUAGAGUAAAUGGUGAAGAAUACUUUUACAGAGGCUGGCGAGAUUAUAAAGCAGGGUUCGGAUCUCUUCAGGGUGAACAUUGGCUUGGUAAUGCCAAACUCCAUAUCCUGACAUCCCAAGCAAAUUAUGAACUCUUAGUUAAAAUGAAGACUUUCGCAAAUGAAAAUGGAUAUGCUCGAUACAGCGACUUUAAAGUGGAUGAUGAAGCUUCUAAAUUUACGAUGACAUUGUCUGCAUCUACUUUCACUGGAAAUGUCGGAGACUCCUUUAGCUAUCACAGUGGUAAGAAGUUUAGUACGAAAGAUCAGGAUAAUGAUGUUUAUUCAGGAAGUUGUGCUGUAAAUCAUAAAAGCGGGUGGUGGUACGGAGAUUGUCAUUCGUCUAACUUGAACGGAAUUUACCAUGCUGGAAAUCAUACAUCCUAUGCUGACGGUGUGAAUUGGAAAGUAUGGAAAGGCUACCACUACUCGCUGAAGGAAACGACAAUGAUGAUACGACCAUUGCAAUAAAUUCAUUGUUUUGGAAAUGAAAUAAUAGAAAGUCAAAACUAUUUAUUAAGUAUGUGUAAGCACAUUAUUCACACACCUAUUAAUAAAUCCCCUAAAAAAGAACUUUAUUUUUUUUUUAAAUCUUACUAUAGAUUAUUAAUUUAAUAUCUUUAUUGCUCCUAUUUAGACAAUUAUUAUACCCAACGCAACGAAGUUACGAAGGGUAUAAUGUUUUUGACCCGUCCGUCUGUCUGUCCGUCCGUCCGUCAGUCAUGUUCUUGUCAUCGCAACUCCUCUGAAACCACGCAACAGAAUUUCAUGAAACUUUGUAGAUAAUAAGGACAUACUAUGUAGAUGUGCAUAUCGACAGGAAAUUAUGAUUCAAUUUUUUUCCUAGGAGUUAUGCCCCUUUGAACAUAUUGGCCUUAAUAUACUACUGCAACAGUUUGUCAUCGCAAAUCCUCUGAAACCACACAACAGAAUUUCAUGAAACUUUGUAGAUAAUAAGGACAUACUAUGUAGAUGUUCAUAUCGACAGGAAAUUAUGAUUCAAUUUUUUUUCUAGGAGUUAAGCCCCUUUAAACUUAUUGGCCUCAAUAUACUACUGCAACAGUUUGUCAUCGCAACUCCUCUGAAACCACACAACAGCAUUUCAUGAAACUUUGUAGUUAAUGAGGACUUAAUAUGGUAAUGUGCAUAUCCACAAGAAAAUGUUUAAUAGUUGAUUGUUGAAGUGUUAUGAGUCUUUGAACUUAGGAAUCUGGUGAGAUUUUGUUUGUCCAUUGACAAUGUGGGGGCGUGUGGUAUAUGAGCGUGCUUACAAAGGUUUUUUAAUUGAUCAAGAGCUUGCUAUUAUAUUCGAACAUUUUCUAUCGAUAUCGUUAAUUUUUUUAAACCAUAUAUAACAUUCAGAAUGUGUGGCACCUUGUUGGAUGAAUAGGGUUGGAAUUAUUUGAAAGCUUAUCCAUUUAGUUUUGAAAAUAUUCUGUUGUCAAAUGGAAAUUAAAUCUAUAUUUGACUAAGGAUAGAAAAUAUAUUCAUUGUAUUUUAUUAAAGAACCAUUCAAAACUGUAUUCCAUAAACACUUUUCCGCAUUAACCAUGUACGUUUUUGUUGCUGUAAUAAAAUACUUAACUCUUUGGUAACAGGAACUAUUA